AGCUCGACGAGACGAAGAGCCCGGCGCCUGGUUGCCCGCGGAGGGCUCUGCUCGCCCCGCUAGGAUCUUCCGGGGGAACACAACAACCUUUUAAAGAGGAGGAGGCUUUUCGCCCGGGAUCUGCUGUAGCCCGAAGAAGCCGCCUGCGGAGGUGGCAUCUGUUCGAGAUCCUAAUUCCCACCAUAACCUUCUCACUAGCCGCUAUGGACCUUAAUGACCCAGCAACGAUGAAAUCCAUCUCAAAGAUCAUGGCACAGCCUUCUGUGUCACAGCCACUAAAGAAUUUGUAUAGAGGUGAACCAAUGGCCCUGGGGAUCACACAAAUUGGCAUCGGCAUCAUGGAAAUACUUUUUGGGCUUGUGAUACUCAUGACAGAAACGGGUCAUUCAUACGAAGAGGCUAUUGCACAUAUCAGAACUCCGUACUGGACUGGAAUCCCGUAUAUCAUUUCUGGAUCUCUGUCUGUGGUGGUUGCAAAGAAACCUGAGGUACCACUGGUGAAAGGCAUGCUGGGAAUGAAUAUUGUGAGUGCCCUGACAGCUGGCAUUGCGAUUGCGGCAUUCUCCAUUUCAUUAGUGCUCACACCAUACUACGUUAAGUGCAAUGGAAAUGGAUACACAGCUUGCCAUAGCAAUGAAUUAAUCUACAUGGCUAGAGUUCUCGUGAUGUUCAACGUCCUAGAGUUCCUUAUCACCAUCGUCAGUGCUGCCUUUGGUUGUGCCAGUUUGUGCCGGAGUGCCUACAGUGAAAAGACUAUAGUGGUUUUUCAGAACACAGAACAGGGAACACCUCCUGCUGUCCUGGCACCAGUCAAGGGGUACGAGGUGCUGUGAAUGUCCACUGCCUUCAUCUGGAAUCACAACUACUUUGAUAAAGAGCUGAUCCCACAACAUGACUUUCCUGGUGGAGGAUUCACUGAUCAACUUUUUAUUAUUAUUAUUAUUGCUGUAUGUUGUAAAUAGGAGCCACAUGGCACAGAGUGGUAAGCUGCAGUACUGCAGUCCAAGCUCUGCUCAUGACCUGAGUUUGAUCCUAGCAGAAGCUGGGUUCGGGUAGCUGGCUCAAGGUUGACUCAGCCUUCCAUCCUUCCAAGGUCGGUAAAAUGAGUACCCAGAUUGCUGGGGGGAAAGUGUAGAUGACUGGGGAAGGCAAUGGCAAACCACCCCAUAAAAAGUCUGCCAUGAAAAUAUCAUGAUGCAACGUCACCCCAGAGUCAGAAAUUAUUGCUGCUUGCACCUUUAUCUUUUUUUGUGUUGUAAAUAAACCAGCAAACUGGCUGGAUUUGGUUUUUAUAAAUUUUAAAAUUAGCCUUUCUUUGCUGUUUAUUUUGGUUUUCAGCUUCCAUUCCCUUUUUUCUUUCUCUGACCCUCUGACUAUCGGUGCGGUAGUUAGCAGAGUGAGCUUCGUGACGUGCCCGACACUGAGCUCCAGGAAAGAAAUCAGCCAGACACCUGCAACUAGUGCCAAAGUAGUGUAUUUACAGAAGAUACAAUAAGUGCUCACUAGUGCAGUCCAAUAUAUUAUUCACACAGACAAAAUGCUCCGCCAGACAGCUAACUCUCGAAGAGAGAGCCGUGUGUUGCACACACAGCUUACUUAUAGUUCAGUCAGCCAAUCCAGGCUGUGCAGUGUCAUGCUGACACAGCAGGUUGCUUCACCUGUUCUCAGCCGGCUCAAACCAGCCUGCUGAUAAGGUCACUGUGACCUAGCUUGACGGCUAGAUCACCAUCUGUCAAAGUAUAGCUGUCAUCCUGGGUUAAGAUAGAUUCAUACCUCGACACUGACCUACAGGUCUUGAAUAGUACCAAUCAAUCCCAGCUAUGAAUAUAAGGAAGAAAGGAACAAUUCACUGCUUACUGUGGUUUCCUGUUUCCAGGCUUUCCUUUCCUUUCCCUUCCUUUCUUCGUACUCCUCUUUGAAAAAGGGCUAGUCGCACAGCAUGAUUUUCCUGGCAGAGGAGUCGUUGAUCAACUUUAUUAUUAUUAUUAUUGCCAUAUAUUGUAAAUAAACCAGCAAACUGGCUGAUUAUUUUUUUAAUUUAAUCAAUUGAGUAAGUUUAUUAUGGUCAAAAAGACCAGCAAGGAUAAAAACGCACAAAGAGACAGUUUUUAAAACUGAUACAUAAAAAGUAGAAUCACACAUACAAAGGAAUUUUAAAAAACCCCUCUGAUUCCUUUUUCAGCUUUUAGCGUUUUCUUAGUUACACUUGCUGAAAGCUACUGCACAAAAUUUGGCUACCGUAUACAAUACAAAUUUCUGACUGUCUUCUAAUGGGUAUCUCCAGAGGGUUUCAGGGAUGAAGUCAAUAUAAUAUUGUAAUGGCUUAAAUCUGGAGAGUAAUGGGAUAAGUAUUUGAAUCUUCUUGAUAAUAUUCACAGUGUAAUGUGUGUGUAAUAGACUCUAAGAGCCUUCUUCAGUGGCCUAAAACCAAAGCGCACACAUUUAAAACAAAUUGCAAAAUGAAGGACCAAGUAGGUUUGUAGUAUUUCAAUAUGAGGGUAGGUUCAACAUGAAAACAUUACUACACAUGGAGAUGCUGGAUUCUUGGCUAGAGAGAGUAAUUGGAGAGAGACAAUGCCCUCUUUGUGGGUUGGCUCAGAAUUAUAUACGGGCCUGAUUUUCAUGUGAAGCCACCAAAACUUGGUGAAUGGACAUGGUAGUGGACUGCAAUUUUGGGGAAGAGUUCAAAAGCAGGACAGAAACAUGGAGGGGAUGGGGGAAGGUAAAUAUGUUUUAACUUGACUGGGGACCAAGAUUUUAUGUUAUGGUUUAGUUAUGUGAUUUCAGAUUUUUUUUUAAAAAAAAUUAUUUCCAAAAUUUAUAUCCUGGCUUUCUGCCUUUACAAGGGUCACUAAAGUGGCUAACAAUUUAAAACACUUGAGAAAAGGACUCGUUCAGACAAUCCCAAUUGCUCUGCUCCCAAGACCA